CAUUAAAAAAGAUCUUGCAAUUGCUUAUCAAAAAGAUGUUUUAGCACUUAAGGAGUUAAUUUUUAUUACUUGUGAAACUACGUCUAUAACUACAGAUUUAUGGACAGCACGUAGUAAUGAUAGAUAUAUUGGUGUAACUCUUCAUUGGUUAUCUUCUAAUUUUGAAAUAUAUGAUGUAAUAUUAGCUGUUGAAAAAAUAGAAUACCCACAUACAGAAUUUGGAUUAGCUGGAAAAAUAGUUUGUGCAAUAACUGAUAAUGGAGCAAAUAUGAAAAGGCUAUUAGAAUCUGGGAUAGUGUAG